CCUUUCCCAUCAUUGUGUCCUCCACCGGGCUCUCUCUCUCUCUCUAAAACAACCGCUUCCACACCUACAUUCUCUUCUUCUAUCCAUGUUUGGUUUUGGCGACAAGCUCACAGAAGGCGGCUAUAGAAUUCCCUGGCUGAUAUGGAUCCGAAUAUUGGUCUUGUUCCUCCUCAUCUUUCUCCUUUUCUGUUUCAGUUUCUUUCCUUCAGAUCUCUCAGACACCACCACCUCUUCUUCCUCAGCUUUACCAUCCGCUGUUGGUGUUUUCAUGCUUCUUAAUUCCCAUUUAGACAAGCAAACACUCAAGCAUAAGAACAGGGGAAGAAGAAGGGCAGAUCGGGGUUUCUAUCCCCGAAACAAAACGGCAUCGUUUUGGUAAGUGUAUAUAUAUUCCGGGUUUCACCCAGAUUAUGCCGGGUCACUCGGGUUGACCCGGAAGGUCACCUGGGUUUAGCCUGAUCAAAUGCAACUCUGGUUCUCAUCCCUGUUUAUUUUGGUGUUUAAAAAACAUUUUUUAAAAAAAAAUUAAAUUUUUUUUAUUUAUUUUAAAUUAAUAUUAUUUAGUAAUUUUAGAUUAUUUUAAUAUAAUAUUAAAAAUAAUUUUUUAAAAAUAAAAAAAAAAUAUUAUUUCAAUACAGCAAAAACGAUCCUCGCCAUAACUUCUAACCUACCAAUCUUACUUCUAUUUUAUAAGUUCAGCGUCAUUCUCUUAUCUAUUCAAUACUUUAUACGCCGCAAAUAUCCUCUGCACACACGCACAAGAAAAGGUUAUUGUAAACAAUGCAAAACUUUUUCCUCAACCUCCUCUUAGCUGUCUUCUUCAUCACCUUCUUCAUUUCCAUUAUCGUUUACAAACAUAGAUCAAAAUUCAAACACCCUAACCUUCCUCCUGGCAGUUCAGGCCUCCCUUAUAUUGGGGAGACCCUUGAGCUCUUGUUGACAGGAUGCAAAGGCCAUCCUCAAAAGUUUUUCCUUGAUCGUAAAGCUAAGUAUGCAUCAGAAGUAUUCAAAACAAAUCUUUUUUGUCAGCCUGCAGCAGUCUUGUGUGGUGCUGCAGGUAACAGGUUCUUGUUCUCCAAUAAGAACAAGGUUCUUAAAGCUUGGUAUCCUGACUUUGUGUGCAAAAUAUUUCCCUCUUCAGUUCAGAGGCCACUCAUUGAACAAGUUGAUCGACUGCGCACUUUGCUCCCUGAAUUGUUGAGACCUGAUGCCUUGAAGAGAUACGUUGGCAUCUUCGAUAAGGCUGCCGGAAGACACUUUGCAUCAGAAUGGGAAAAUAAAAAAGUGGUGGUUGUGUUCCCUCUGGCAAAGAGGUUUACAUUUGGGUUAGCUUGUAGCUUGUUUCUUAGUAUUGAAGACCCCGACCACAUUGCAAAACUUGCUAGUCCAUUUAACCUUGUAGUUUCCGGUAUUUUUUCUAUCCCAAUUGAUUUACCAGGAACUCCACUCAGCCGUGCCAUCAAGGCCUCAACAAUUAUUAGAACAGAGCUUUUUGCGAUUAUUAAGCAAAGAAAAAAAGAUCUAGCAAAGGGAAAGGCAUCACCCAAGCAAGAUAUAUUGUCACACAUGUUGGCAUGCGAUGAGAAGGGAGCAUUUAUGAGUGAGCUAGACAUUGCUGACACAAUUCUUGCACUAUUAGCCAGUGCCCAUGAGAGUACCAGUGCAGCUUGUGCAUUCAUUGUCAAGUAUCUUGCUGAGUUACCUCUUAUUUAUAAUGCAGUUUACAAAGAGCAAAUGAAGAUAUCUGAAACCAAAGCUCCUGGCGAUGAUUUGCUAAAUUGGAAUGACAUUCAAAAUAUGACAUAUUCUUGGAAUGUAAUUCGUGAAGUGUUGAGACUUUGUCCCACCUUUCCUAAUGUUAGAGAAGCCAUCCAUGACUUCGAUUUCAAUGGUUUCUCAAUUCCGAAGGGCUGGAAGGUGUAUUGGAAUGCAAACUCGACGCAUAGAAAUCCAGAAUACUUCCCAGAACCCGAAAGAUUCGAUCCUUCCAGAUUUGAAGGGACCGGACCAGCUCCUUACACAUUUGUUCCAUUUGGUGGAGGACCCAUGAUGUGCCCUGGACAAGGGUUUGCUCGCCUAGAAAUGCUUAUUUUCAUGCACAAUCUGGUGAAAAGGUUCAAGUUUGAUAAAUUUGUUGCAGAAGAGAAGAUAAUGUUUAGUCCGAUGCCAAUACCUGAAAAGGGAGUUCCCAUUCGCCUCUUUCCUCACAGGCCUUAGAGCUCUAAGGGGAAAACAAUUUUUUUGUCAUUAAUCAUUAUUUUUUAUUUUUAAUUCACUCUUGUCCAGCAGAUAUUUAUUUCAUCCAUCACUUUUAUUUUC